UCGCUGGCGAACGCAGGAAACUCGGGCUAAAAGUGUCUGCUGCUGCUGCCGCCGCCGCUGCCGCCCCCCUCAGCCUCCGGGAGAGAACCCAAAGAAAUGGUGUUACCUGGCAAGAGAUCUGUCCUUUACGAGAAAUCAGACCAAGAGCCUUGAAAUCAAAAAUAAAGAAUCAAAGAGCAGAGCUGUUGAGGAACAAAACAUAAAUCAGUGCAGAAUUUUAGAGUGGACUAUCGGGCCUUUAGUGUGAAGAUACGUCUACAUUAAACCAGAAAUCAUUGGCCAAUAAUAUUUCAACAAGAAUAUUUGGAAAAUUACACAUCUGUGAAAGUCAAUCAUGGAAAUCAAAGAGGAAGGAACAUCAGAAGAAGGCCAGCACUUUCUUCCAGCACAGGCAAAUGAUACCGGGGACUUUCAGUUCACCAGCAUUCCGAAGACUCCAAAUGAACCACAGUUGGAAUUCAUCCUUGCAUGCAAGGAUCUUGUGGCUCCUGUCCGUGAUCGGAAACUGAAUACAGUGGUGCAGAUCUCAGUAAUCCACCCUGCUGAGCAGAGUCUGACAAGAUACGCCAGCACUGAAAUUGUGGAGGGAACAAGAGACCCACUGUUUCUGACGGGUGUCACAUUCCCAUCUGAGUAUCCCAUCUAUGAAGAGACCAAAAUAAAACUAACAGUCUAUGAUGUCAAGGAUAAGUCUCAUGACACUGUCCGAACCUGUGUCCUCCCUGAACACAAGGACCCCCCUCCAGAAGUUGGGCGAAGCUUCUUGGGCUAUGCCAGUUUUAAAGUCGGGGAGCUACUGAAGUCAAAGGAGCAGCUGCUGUCCCUGAGCCUGAGAACUUCAGAUGGUGGCAAAGUGGUUGGCACCAUAGAAGUCAGUGUUGUGAAGAUGGGGGAGAUUGAGGAUGGGGAAGCCGACCACAUCACAACAGAUGUGCAGGGACAAAAGUGUGCACUAGUAUGGGAAUGUACAGCCCCAGAAAGCGUGAGCAGGAAAGAUAAUUUACCUUUUUUGAAUACAGUAUUAAGGAACCCAGUAUGUAAAUUAUAUAGAUUUCCUACAUCUGACAAUAAGUGGAUGAGAAUCCGGGAGCAAAUGUCAGAGAGCAUACUUUCUUUUCAUAUUCCUAAGGAAUUGAUUUCCCUUCACAUAAAAGAAGAUCUGUGUAGAAACCAGGAGCUAAAAGAACUUGGUGAACUUUCCCCACACUGGGACAAUCUACGGAAAAAUGUCCUUACUCACUGUGAUCAAAUGGUGAACAUGUAUCAAGACAUUUUGACGGAACUUAGCAGGGAAACAGGGUCUUCUUUUAAAUCAAGCAGCAGCAAAGGAGAGAAAACAUUAGAAUUUGUUCCAGUAAAUCUGCAUUUGCAAAGAAUGCAUGUACACAGCCCUCACCUGAAAGAUGCUCUCUACGAUGUCAUCACUGUUGGAGCCCCAGCUGCCCAUUUUCAGGGAUUUAAGAAUGGUGGUCUUCGGAAGCUACUCCAUCGAUUUGAAACAGAAAGAAGAAAUACUGGAUAUCAGUUUAUUUACUACUCUCCUGAAAACACAGCCAAAGCAAAGGAAGUUCUCAGCAACAUCAAUCAACUGCAACCUCUUAUAGCAACCCAUGCAGACCUACUGCUUAAUUCUGCGAGCCAGCAUUCUCCAGACAGCUUGAAGAAUUCUUUAAAGAUGCUUUCAGAAAAAACAGAGCUUUUUGUACAUGCCUUCAAGGAUCAGCUGGUCAGGAGUGCUCUUUUAGCACUCUACACAGCACGACCAGGAGGCAUCCUUAAGAAACCCCCCUCUCCUAAGAGCACAGCGGAGAGCAGCCCCCAGGAGCAGCCCCAAGCUGUGAGAAGGCAGGAUUCCAUACCACAUCAUUCGGACUACGAUGAGGAAGAGUGGGACAGGGUGUGGGCCAAUGUGGGGAAGAGCCUGAACUGCGUAAUAGCUAUGGUGGAUAAACUGAUUGAAAGAGAUGGUGGCAGUGAAGCCAGCGCUGGCAGCAAAGAUGGAGAAAAGGACCCGUCACUAGAGGACUCCAUCACAUCUCAUCCAAGGGAGGACUGGUAUGAGCAGCUGUACCCCCUCAUCCUCACCCUGAAGGACUGCAUGGGAGAAGUGGUGAACCGAGCCAAACAGUCCCUGACAUUUGUGCUGCUCCAGGAACUUGCAUACAGCUUGCCCCAGUGUCUGAUGCUGACGCUAAGAAGAGACAUCGUCUUCAGCCAAGCACUUGCUGGAUUGGUUUGUGGUUUUAUCAUCAAAUUGCAUUCAAGUUUAAAUGACCCUGGAUUCCUGCAGCAGCUUUAUACAGUGGGGUUGAUAGUACAGUAUGAAGGAUUGCUGAGUACCUACAGUGAUGAAAUUGGAAUGCUAGAGGACAUGGCUGUUGGCAUUUCAGAUUUAAAGAAAGUAGCUUUUAAAAUCAUUGAAGCCAAAACCAACGAUGUCUUGCCAGUCAUAACAGGAAGACGGGAACAUUAUGUGGUAGAGGUUAAGCUUCCGGCCAUGAUGUUUGAGUCGCUACCUCAACAGAUUAAAGAAGGGCAACUGCUUCAUGUGCACCCAGUUCUUUUUAAUGUUGGAAUCAAUGAGCAGCAAACUCUUGCUGAGAGAUUUGGAGAUGUCUCUUUGCAAGAAAAUAUUAAUCAGGAAAAUUUUGAGCUUCUAAAAGAAUAUUAUAAAACAUUUAUGGAAAAGAUGCCUCCUGAUUACAUUUCACAUUUUCAAGAACAGCAUGAUGUUAAAGGAUUACUAGAUAAUCUUCAUCAAAAUAUACAAGCCAAAAAAAGAAAGAAUGUGGAAAUCAUGUGGUUGGCUGCAACGAUUUGUCGCAAACUAAACGGUAUUCGUUUCACCUGUUGUAAAAGUGCCAAAGACAGGACAUCGAUGUCGGUGACCCUGGAACAGUGCACGAUCCUGAGGGAUGAGCACCAGUUACACAAGGACUUCUUUAUCCGGGCCCUGGAUUGUAUGAGAAGAGAAGGAUGCCGCAUAGAGAAUGUGCUGAAGAAUAUCAAAUGCAGAAAGUAUGCUUUCAACAUGCUACAGCUGAUGGCUUUCCCCAAGUAUUACAGACCUCCAGAGGGGACUUACGGAAAAGCUGACACCUAAGUUUACCAACAUGUAAAUAAACAGGAACGCAAAUACGUUUCCCUUGGAUGAUCUCUACCUUGGUCUUUCCAGUUCUUUUAUUGUUAUGAAUUUGGGGGAGGAAAUGAUAUAGAUGUUUGCCCAAGUCUAGGAACUACUUGACUAGCUAUCAGUGUUUAACUCAAAAAUCCAUUAAAAAAAUGUUUACAGUUUCUAUUUCUAAGCUUCUAUGUGUUGACCCUCACUGGUUGAGAUGGGUCCAUAAAGGGGACAUUUCAUUCAUGGACUGAGAACACUGAGGUUGAUUCAAUAGGAGUAGGGAUGUUUCAGAUAGGGGUAUGCCACACCUGAAAUGAAGAGUUGAUGGUAAGAAGGAGAGAGGCAUUCUAUAGCACUACUUAAUAGCUUUUCUCAUAGAUAAACAUAGCCCAUAUUAGGGGCUUUUAAAAUUUUUUCUAGCAAAUUGAAAUUUGGUCACAUUAACUCAUGCUAUAACUGAAGUAGUUUGCAGGUAUGCUUGUGAAGACUUGCCAUUCAGUCCAGAUGUGAUGUCUUCCCCUAAAUGGGUAUAAGUGCAGUGUUAGUAAAGUAGCAAACAUCAGAGAGUUUAGGCCAUAUAACAAACCACUGCAAGAAACUGAAAUUGCAAAGAAAUUAAAGAUGAAUGAUGUGUUGCUGCUCAAAGUAAAAACUUCCAACAGUCCAAACUCUGUGUAGUGAAGUUCAUGAAGUCAUCUAGCAAUUACCUUGGUAUAAGUAUGCAGUCCAGCACAGUUUAGUAUAUGUGAAUAAACAUUUAUAAAACAAAAGCAGCCAUCAUUAUUGAGUAACAAACAUCAUCUACUAACCUGUAUUUCAAAAAUGUCCAGCUCAUUAAAAUAAUAAUGGAUUUACCUGAACAUGGACUUGAGCAGUUCAAUAAAAGUACAUACCUGAAACCACCAUUCUUAAAAAAAAGUUUUUCAAAAUUCCUAUUAGAAGUUUCCUUGGAGAUCAUCUUGCAUGACACUGUGAUUUGAUAAGUGGGUAAAUAAAGGCAAUCUUUCAGCUAGAUACCUGGAGAAUCAUGAUUGCAAUUCCUUCCUACUUCCUUACACACUUCUACUUCCGAGGCCAUGGCUUGUUCCUCCUUCAAACUGCUAUGCGAAAUAUGUAUGACAAUUGAGGGAACAUACUAGUUUGUUAAAGAAAAAUUUGGAUUUAUCACCAAACUUGAAGUUCAUAGUACAGAACCCAUUUUCUCCAAAUGUUAAGAAUUUAUUUAUUUUUCCUUUGUCAUCAGUGGUAUAUGAUAUACAGAGCAUAAAUCACCCUUGGAAAUGCCAGAGAGUUAUUCUGUACACUUCUGUUAGCUGUGACCACAGUCAGUGGAUGUUUGACAGUACUUUGUAUAGCUGAAGUGGUAUCUCUUUUUUAAAGAUACCUCUUGAAAUAAGGAUUGCAAACGGAUCUC